AAAGACCACGGCCACCAUUCAGAUUCUAUUUCUACGAUCAUGUCGGCAGUUGCACCCGAAAAGGGCCUACUUCCCGGCGAGGGACGCACCACAGAGGAAGAAGUAAAAGGGUACAACUAUCAAGCCGAAGCGACACCACGACCUGAAACAAUUCCUUUCCCACCAGAACCUCCUCCUGCAUUUUUACAACCUCCAAGGCCGCAGAAGAACGCUGCUGCCGCCCGUACCUACAAAAUCAAAGAUGCUAGUACCAGCAAGGGAUCAUCCGGCUACAACUCCAGCGGAAACCCCCGGAGCUCAGCUGCGUCGAAGAACACAGCUGCAAGUACAACCGCCUGGUGGAAUGACUUUGACUUCGAGCGGCUUGUCAGCGAUUUGCUGCAGAUCCAGGCCCUCUCUGCUCCCAACGUGAUCAGUUUUUUCCUGCUGCUUCUCCCAGAGACCCUGAACGUGAUUGCGAUCAGUAUCUACGCGAAAUCCAACCCCUACGCCCUCCCGGCGGUCGGUUUGGGCAACUGCUUCUUCAACUGCCUGGCGGUCGCGUUUCCGGUGGGGCUGAAUUGCGGACUGGAUACGCUUAUCAAUUGGAUUGCAAAAAUAUCGCUCUAGUAUGAAUUGCAUUACAAAUUUCCUCAGCAUGGGGAUAGCGAUAGGAAAUCAAAUUUGUAAUUCGGAUUUACGUUAAGAAUACGAUUUGUCAUGCAUAAUGGCUGCAAGAAUUACGGGUGUGAUACUUUUGCAAUGCAUAGCGUUGGUUUCCACCGCGUUCGGGGCGAAGGCCUACAAGGAGAUGUACGUGUAUUUGGCGCAGGCACAGAUUUAUCCUGUGCAAAAGUAUCGUACUCGUAUAAAUGCAAGUCUUGCAUUACAAAUCCUUUUCUUAAGGCAAAUCCGCAUUAAUGCAUAGCAUUACAAAUUUUAUUUCUCAUGCUGAGAAAAUUUGUAAUGCAUUUAUACGAGUGCGAUACUUUUGCACUGCAUAAGAUUUGCGUGUUUCUCUACUCCAUUUUCGCGG